GCUAGUGUGCCCGGCGACAGGAGCAGGCUUCUCAAAAGCCUCUGAAGAUUUCAAGCCACCGCUCCUCUGGGACAAACUCUAGGCAACAACACGAAAGAAAAUCCUGUCCUCCGGGACUCUUCCAAGAGGGCCUUUCCCACUGACGCUCUCCGUCCCCGAGCGAAGCCGCUGAGCACUGCUAUUGGCUAUUCAAGAUGCCAAUCUCCAAGGCUGGCUUGCCAUUGGUUUCAAGGCGGGAGCUCCCCGACUAGAGGGAAGGAGAAGGGAUCAGGAGCGGGAGCUGAGGGGAGGGAGAGGCCGGUUCGGGUCUGGCCGCCACCGCUGCUCACCUGAGGUGUCCGGCCGGGCUGCGGCUGUCCUCUGUUCCUGGAAACCGUCUGCGAGGCCCCGCGGAGCCAGCGUGGGAGGGCCGCAGGCGGCAGGCGCCGCAUCAUGUCAGCCAAGGACGAGCGGGCCAGGGAUAUCCUGAGAGGCUUCAAACUGAAUUGGAUGAACCUUCGGGAUGCCGAAACAGGAAAGAUACUCUGGCAAGGAACAGAAGACCUGUCUGUCCCUGGUGUGGAGCAUGAAGCCCGUGUGCCCAAGAAAAUCCUCAAGUGCAAGGCUGUGUCUCGAGAGCUGAACUUUUCUUCAGCAGAGCAAAUGGAAAAAUUCCGCCUGGAACAAAAAGUUUACUUCAAAGGACAAUGCCUAGAAGAGUGGUUCUUCGAGUUUGGCUUUGUGAUCCCUAACUCCACAAACACCUGGCAAUCCUUGAUAGAAGCAGCGCCUGAGUCCCAGAUGAUGCCUGCCAGCGUCCUAACGGGCAAUGUCAUCAUAGAGACAAAGUUCUUUGACGACGAUCUUCUUGUCAGCACAUCCAAAGUGAGGCUUUUCUAUGUUUGAGAGAACUUGUGUGCACUUUCAAGAAUUUGGGCUGGGACAGGAGGAAGCUGUGUUCCUCUGCACAUCUGACUUUGAUACUCCAACUGACUCCUUCAACACAGAACCCACCUGUGCACCAGGAAACCAGCUCUGAAUAGGUGGCCAGUGGCUCUUCUCCCAAAACCUCCAUCUUCACUGACAAGACUAAACUCCCCCCCAGCCGAGGGCAGGGGUAAAUAAGCCUGGAGUCCCUCCUAGCGAAAACACGGGAACAACCCAUACCAGGAGCUGCACCUGCCACCUGCCCCGCCUGUCACAUGCCCGCCUCCUCCUUGGGCCCUACAGGCUUUCUUUGGCCUCCGGUUUUGAAAAAAAUUUACCUUUCUGACCCAUUUAGGUUUUUCCUACCACUUCUAUUUCAUACAUUCUCAUACCUUUAACUUGUAAAAUAGACUAUGAUAUUAUUAUUACAUAAUGUAAUUAAAGCAUUAAAAUAUUCCUACAGUCUUUAGCAUG